AUCCUUCAAAGUUGAAACUCUUCCAUUGUUCACCUCUCAUUCUUCUCUUCACUACUUUCUAGCAACUAUUAUAGCUUCAUGGGAACUACUUUUCUAUUUAUCUAUAACAAAAUAAAGAUUCUCCUUUGGUUUAUUGCAUGGAUAUCCUUAAAUUCAUGCUAUUCACAACAACCUUACGACAUAUCCAGUUGUUCUUCAAGUCAAACAUCACCAGGUUCAAGGUACACAUGCAACUCAACACAUGAGACAUGCAAAACAUUCUUAGUAUACAGAUCAAAUCACAAUUUCCAAACCAUUUCACAAAUCUCAAACCUCUUCAACAAAACCACUAACGAGGUUCUUCUCAUAAACAACCUCACAUCUUCUUCUCAAAUACUCAAACAAGGUAAAGAAGUUCUUAUUCCUAUUGAAUGCACAUGUUCUGGCCAAUUUUACCAAGCCAAACUCACCUACAAAGUUCUUGAGAACUCGCAAACAUUUUCAAGUAUUGCCUGUGAGGUUUUUGAAGGACUAUUGAAAUAUUUCACACUUUCCAAUGAAAACCAAUCACAAGGUAAUAAUGAGCCAAAAGUUGGUGAUGAACUUUAUGUCCCUCUAAGAUGUUCAUGUCCACAAAAUUUCUCUAGUAUCAAAAGUGUAAUAAAGUACUUUGUUACAUACCCUCUUAUAGAAGGAGAUACUUUUGAUAAAUUGAAGAAGAAAUUUGGUUUCUCACUUGAAGAUUUCUUUGAAGCAAAUCAAUUGCAACCCUACUCAUCCAUUUUUCCUAUGACAGUUGUUUUAAUUCCAUUACAAAAUGAAAAUGGUCCAAUCAAAAUUCUUGAUAUUCCAGAUUCUCCUCCACCUCCUGAUUUUCUUCCAACAAAUCCAUUUGAGACACAAGGAUCAACACAAACAUCAAACUUGUAUAUUGCAGGACCUAUUGUAGGUUUUUUCUUGUUCAUAACAUUGGUUGCAAGUGGAUUCUACAUGAAGAAACUAAAACAAAGUGAUGUUACUGUUGUUGAUUCUUUCAACCCAACAAACACAACCACUUUAUGGUCACCAAUAACAACGUCUACAACUUCAUGUUUAUCUCCUGAUUUUCUUGUUGGAUUAAAGUAUUGUUUGCUUAAUUACCAUAUAGAAGAGAUAGAAAAAGCUACAAAGUUUUUCAGUGAUGUGAACAAGAUUGGUGAAGUUGUUUAUAAGGGACUAAUCAAUGAUAUUGAGGUGAUGAUAAAGAGGUUGAGAUUUGAAGAAACUAGUGAGGUAAUUGAUUUACAUUCAAGAAUCAAUCAUAUUAAUAUUGUGAACUUAAUUGGUGUUUGUUAUGGUGAGGGUAAUUUAAUUUCAUGGUCUUAUUUAGUUUUUGAGUUACCAAAAAAUGGUUGUUUAAGGGAUUGUUUGUUGGAUCCAUGCAAUACAUUGAAUUGGUAUAGAAGAACACAAAUAGUAUUUGACAUAGCAACAUGUCUAUACUAUUUACAUUAUUGUUCUUUUCCUUCUUAUGCUCAUAUGAAUGUGAAUAGUAGAAAUAUAUUUGUGACAGAAAGUUGGAGAGGAAAAUUGGCAGAUGUUGGUGGUGUGUCCAACAAUGUUUUGCAUGGAAAUGUUUCACAAAAGGUUGAUAUAUUUGCAUUUGGUGUUGUGUUGCUUGAGUUGAUAUCAGGAAGAGAAAAGUGUGAUGGAAAAUUGGUUAAAGAUUGUGUUGGAUUUUUGUUGGGGGGAGGUAGUGAAGGUGGAGGUUGUUUUGAAGGGUUGAGGAGUUUUGUGGAUCCAAAUUUGAAGGAUUAUUCUCUUCCGGAGGCUCUUUGUUUGUGUUAUUUAGCUAAGGAUUGUGUGAAAGAUGAUCCUAUGCAUAGGCCAACUAUGGAUGAUAUCAUGAAGGUUCUUGCAAAAAUGGUUUAGGUAAGUGGUGAGGAAGAAGAUUAGUCAAUCUG